CAGCAUCGAUCACCUCUCUCCGUCUCCCUCUCUUCUCUUUUCCUCCAUCUAAAUGGCACACGUCCAGUGUCACUCAUCUGCAACUCGACUCUGCUAGCACGCGGUGUUUUUUUUUUUUUUCCUUUUCUUCAUUUCAACCGGAGAGUGAGAGCCACGAGCACGGUUUGGUGCGCCUGGGUUGGAGGAAAGGAGGCGAGGAAGCCGGCACAGCUACUUCACAGACUCUACACACACUUCACAGCACAUCUUCAGGGCCAGAGCAUGGGGUGAUGAGGACUAUCCUCGGCUGACCUCAAUGCAGAUGACCAGUGAUGGCCACAGCAUCACCUCAACAUUUGUUGGAUGACGUAAUUAACACUGGACAGCAAGAAAAACAGCAGGAGGAAGAAUUCCUGAGCUUGGUGGAGACAGUUGUUCUCACCAUCUUUCUCUCCAUCAUCAUCAUUAUGACAGUGUUUGGAAACCUGCUGGUCAUGGUGGCACUCUGCAGGGACAGACAUCUACGAAAGAAGAAGACCAACUACUUCAUUGUGUCGCUGGCGUUUGCCGACUUACUGGUUGCGCUGGUGGUGAUGCCCUUCGCUGCAAUCGAGCUGACCACCGGCCAUUGGCGGUAUGGAGAGAUCUUCUGCCUGGUCCGAACGUCUCUGGAUGUCUUAUUGACUACAGCAUCCAUCCUGCACCUCUGCUGCAUUGCACUGGACAGGUAUUACGCUAUCUGCUGCCAGCCGCUAGUCUACCGACACAAGAUGACCCCGGUCAGAGUGGCGGUGAUGCUCAGCGGCUGCUGGCUCAUCCCCACAUUCAUCUCCUUCCUACCCAUCAUGCAAAGCUGGAAUGCCAUCGGCAUUGAGGACAUUAUUGAAGAGAGAAGAGCCUUGGCAGGAGGCUCCAACGACACAAGUUGUGUGUUUCUGGUCAACCGGCCAUAUGCCCUGAUCUGCUCGGCGGUGGCCUUCUACGUCCCGUUGGCCCUCAUGGUCCUGGCCUACCAACGUAUCUACGUCACUGCCAUGACACAUGUGAGGCAGAUUGAGACAUUACAGCGGGCCGGCUCUGCUCCAGUCACCAGUACGGCUCCGAUGAUCACUGUAAGGUCCUCUACUUCUUCAGAUCCACUAGAACACUACCGCCUCAGGACAACAAUAGGCUCCUCCUCUAAAGAGCAGGCUCCCAUAGCGAAUAGCCGCAUGCGAGUUGAGACUAAGGCGGCAAAGACGCUGGCAGUUAUAAUGGGCUGUUUCUGCCUAUGCUGGGCACCAUUCUUCAUCACCAACGUGGUGGACCCCUUCAUCCAUUACUCAGUGCCCUGGCAGCUAUGGACAGCCUGGCUGUGGCUUGGGUACAUUAACUCAGGGUUGAACCCCUUUCUGUAUGCCUUUCUGAACCGGGCGUUUCGGAGGGCAUUUCUGGUGAUUCUCUGCUGUGGAGAUGAGCGGUAUGCACGGCAGGGGAGCUACUCUUAUGGACACACCCCCAGAGCGUGCUCGGCUGCGUCGGUCAACGGGACGUCUAUGGCAUUAAGAUUGUCCUUCCUGCCAAACCGGAGCUACAGUGACAACGGACGAAUGAUGCUGGCCAACGAGCAGGAAUCCCAGGACUCUCUUGGACCACUAUGAGGAUGACUUGACAGAGCAGUCACAUCAUCAGCUGAUGCGGGGGAUCUUUGAGUUGAUUUAAAGAUAUAGACAACAUGGCCUCUGCGUAUUGACCUGAUCUGUUUAUGAGGAUGUCGUCUUAUCUAGAUAUCCAGCAUCAUCAUUGACUUUUUUUUACAAGUAUAUUGAUGCUGUCCACGGUAAUCUAAGGUUUAGAGGCACUAUUACUGGUUAUCAGUGAAGUCCAGAAUGUCUCUUUUUGAAACAAAAUAAUCAUAUUGGUGCAGAAGUACUUGUGUCUGUGGACUGAAACACACUGCCAAUAUGUCUCAUUGUAAAACCCAAAGAAUUUCUUCUCAGUCAAACAUCUGGAUUGCAGGAUGUGAAGAUCAAGUCAGUGUUCCCAUGCCACAAGUCUCAGAAAACUACAGCUGACUACAGGCCAAACUCUGGCUAACAUGAUGAGAGAAGGAAGAGACCUCUUCUGCUUUUUAACCUAUGUGAUGACAUUUCAUCAUAGCUUGAAGCUGGCAUCUUAUGUGCCAUGUUGUGAAAGAGAAACAAGUUUAACAAUGUUAAUGUUCAGUUUAUUGUACAGGAGUUUAUAUUAUUAUAUUACAAGCAUCGACGGCACUCUGAAACUGCUGGAUGCAAUGGCAAAAAUAGACAAUGUUAUCCCUGUUCUUGAAUUCAUAUUCAGUUUUGAAAUACAGCAUCAUAAAAACUCCAUUGCACCAUUGUGACGAAACACUUGUCUAAAGCUGUCAUGGCACAUAAAAUAUAAUUGCACUUACUUCUCUUUGUUGAAAGUUUCAGAUCUGUUGCGUCUCUGACCACACCUAACAGUGAUGUUAUGUUGCUUUUGUAGUGCAGCACUGCAUAACUGCAGAAAGGUGAGACAUUAUGUGUUAAAAUCAAUCCUGACCAUCUUGCAAGGAGUUUAUGAAAUUUAGUUAAUAAGACAUGGUUUCAAAGCAUGGAAAGUACAAGCAUGCAACAUUCAGACACUGCAGAUUUGUCCCUUUCUCAAUGCAUUUGGCAGCAUUUGAUCCAAAUGUAGAUUCAAGAAUACCUCUGUAGCACAGGUUUAAUUCGGCUCUUAUGUGUGAUGCUUAUUUUACAUAUCUGAACUCUGUCUGUCUCAUUCAGUCUGUCGCAGCAUGUUUAGGAGAUUGACACACUGAAGUGUGAAACCAACUCAGCCGCCUACAGUCAUCACUGAUAUCUACAUUUUCCAUUUUCUUUCUGCACCUCUGCCUCAGAAAACUACAGUUAACUCAUCAUCCUUCCUUUGUGUUUCAGUGUACAACCUUGAAAUCCAAGAGGAUGAGCUAAAUUAUUGUCUUGUUACAAUGUGACAACUUUUAAUAGUCCACUGUGUCCUAUAUAUUUCAUCUUUAUUGUGUGUGAUGGAGAUGAUAAAUAAACAGAA